GGCCUCGGGGGCGGGGCCCGGGUUGCGCCCGUCCCCCGGCCGGCUAUAAUGUCGGGCCCCGAGUGCCUGCCGGCGGCGGGCGGAGGUGCGCGCCUGGGAAGGGAAAAUGGACUUCGCCCGCCUCUGGCUGGGGCUGCUGCUGCCUUCGGUAGCUGCGCUGGAUUUCGGCUACCACCACCAGAAGGGGAUGGAAGAGUUUUUGAAGAACGUGGCCCAAAACUACAGUUCUAUCACUCGCUUACACAGUAUUGGGAAAUCUGUGAAAGAAACCUGUGGGUUCUUGUUGUGGGGCGCUUCCCAAAGGAGCAUAGAAUUGGGAUUCCAGAGUUCAAAUACGUGGCCAACAUGCAUGGAGAUGAGACUGUUGGGCGGGAGCUGCUGCUCCAUUUAAUUGAACAUCUCGUAACCAAUGAUGGAAAAGAUGUUGAAAUCACAAAUUUAAUCAACAGUACCCGGAUACACUUGAUGCCUUCAAUGAACCCAGAUGGAUUUGAAGCUGUCGUAAAGCCUGACUGUUUCUACAGUAACGGAAGGGAAAAUAGUAACUACUAUGACCUGAAUAGAAACUUCCCAGAUGCUUUUGAACUUAAUAAUGUAUCGAGGCAGCCUGAAACUGCAGCUGUCAUGGAGUGGCUGAAAACAGAGACGUUCGUCCUCUCUGCAAACCUCCAUGGUGGCGCCCUGGUGGCGAGUUACCCGUUUGACAAUGGUGUUCCAGCAACUGGGACGUUAUACUCCCGUAGCAUAACCCCUGAUGAUGAUGUGUUUCAAUACCUUGCACAUACCUAUGCUUCAAGAAAUCCCACCAUGAAGAAAGGAGAUCAGUGUAAAACUAAGAUGAACUUUCCUAAUGGAAUUACAAAUGGCUACUCUUGGUAUCCACUCAAAGGUGGAAUGCAAGAUUACAACUACAUCUGGGCCCAGUGUUUUGAAAUUACAUUGGAGCUGUCGUGCUGUAAAUAUCCUCAUGAGGAGAAGCUUCCAUUCUUCUGGAAUAAAAACAAAGCCUCAUUGAUUGAAUAUAUAAAACAGGUGCACCUAGGUGUAAAGGGUCAAGUUUUUGAUCAGAAUGGAAAUCCGUUACCCAAUGUAAUUGUAGAAGUCCAAAACAGAAAACAUAUCUGCCCUUAUAGAACCAACAAAUUUGGAGAGUAUUAUCUCCUUCUCUUGCCUGGGUCCUACAUAAUAAAUGUUACAGUCCCAGGGCAUGAUCCAUACCUCACAAAGGUGGUUAUUCCAGAAAAAUCCCAGAACUUCAGUGCUCUUAAAAAGGAUAUUUUACUUCCAUUCAGAGGGCAACUGGAUUCUAUCCCAGUAUCAAAUCCUUCAUGUUCUAAGAUUCCUCUAUAUAGUGAUUUGCCAAGCCACUCAGAGGCAACAAAGCCUGGUCUGUUCUUAUUUUUAGUGACUGUCUUUCACAUAUUUGUCAAAUAAAGCAAAAUAUGGAACACACUCCCCAUCAUCACCUGGAAUCAGGGAUUACUCAUGCCAGGUUACUGCAACUCUCAACUCCCUCUGUGGGACCUUGACUGAAUAAACUCCAUGGUCCUUCCCUAAGAAGACAAAUGGUUGUUUCCAAAUCACAGCAAGCUAUGUGUGGUGAUAACAAAAGCAAUGAUUUAGUCUUGAUGAAUGGAAGAUACCUACCUUUCAAGUACUAUCCACUUAUGCUCAAUCUUGAAGUUGUCUUAGAAAUUUGUAAGAAAAACUUGAGAAUCAAGAAAGAAGUUCCUGCAAGAAAAAAAUGAAGCUAAUUUUAUAUACGGAGAGCCAGAUGAAUAUAAGCAAUGAAGAUGAACAUUCAUUGAUUACUUACUAUAUACAAAACCCUGUGGUGAAUGCUAGAUGUGAAGAUAUAUAGUAAUUACUAGUGCCAAAUAUAAUUAAUUCUCAGCAUGUGGAGAAAUGAUAGCACUGGAAAUAUUUCAUUUCUCAGAUGUUCUGAGGAGAGAAAAUAGGCAACAAUGUCUCAGUGGCCCACAAAAACAUGGGCCUGAUGGGAUGACAAGGUUGUGUCUACGGAGCCCCAAAAUAACAGGUCAGUUAAGUGUCCCUGCCUUCCUGCGCUCAGAUGCCACAUCAGUUACGCUGAUGACCCCCAAAUGUGUAAGUCCAGCCUCUUGCCAGAGCUUCAAACUCCAGUCCAACUUCCCACUGUACAUAUCUACCUGGAUAUGACCCACAGGUACCUCAAAUUCAUGUAGAAAUCACACACAUUUUUCUCUCUAGAGCUGCUCUUCCUCCUGUAUUUGUCUCAGUGACUGGUACCACCAAACUAGAAACCUGAGUGUUAUCCUUGACAGUUUCUUCUCCUCCUUCAUCCCAUAUAUUCAGUCAGUCACUAAAGAUUGAUGUUAAUUACAAAUGUUGAUUGAUCUUCCCUCUCUCCAUGGCUCGUAACGUUGUCAAGUUUAGGCCACCAUAGCUCACUGGCACCACGGUGACAGUUUUGCUAGUCUCUUGUGCCCAGCCUUCUCCUCUUUAAGUCCAUCUUCUACAUGGCACUGAGGAAGAGGAUCUACUCAAAACAAAAACCAUCAGUCAACUGCUUGUAGUUCCUAUACACUUAAUGUGCUGUUUGUGUACUAUAUCUGGAAUACCAUUCUGACCCACCACGACAUUUUCUUUCCCACUCCUUUAAAAUUCAGUUCAGGUAUCAACUCCUCUAGGAAGCCUCUGCUGACCAUCAUUCUAUUCCAUUCCACCCCAGCAACCCCUUCCCAGUCAAUCUGGAGACCUUUCCUCUUUGCUUCUCUAAUGUGUUACCUCUAUUAUUGAAUUUACAACUGUAUUAUGAUCUUGUACUUUCAUGUAUGAUUUUCCCUAAUAGAAUGUGAGCUCUGAGGCCAGAGUGUAUUUAAUUUGUUUGGGAAAAUUCAUUUUUAUAUCCUCAGAGCCCAGUACAUAGCAGAAACUGAAUGAAUGAGUGAAGAGUUCCACAAACCUGCUACUCCCAGUCUCUCUCAGAAACUGUUGGGCUUUGAGUCAUUUUGUCAAAUGAGGUCCAAUGCUUUGGCAAUCUCCAGCUCAGUAGUAACACUGACAGAAGAGUGUUUUCAAAUACAUGUCAACAAAUAAAUUCAAGUAUGGUGUUUUUACUACGCUUCACAUUUAUCCUAAGGUUCAUAGUAAACAUGUUACCUGUUAACACAAGCUACCUUUUUUAAAUUAGAAAACAAAAUUUUUACCAUUAGUACUCAUUCUGAAGCAACUGUUGUCUACUAUCAUGAGAGUUAACCCAUCUUAAAAUAUUAUAUAUAAGAAUUAAGGGUUGGGGGGGACAUCACAAAAUAGCAACUCCGUGAGCAGGUUUCUAAGUGCUGUGUAUUGCUCAUGGACUGUGAGUUGCCUUCGUCUUUCAAUUGGAAGUUCUAUAGGAUCUGAAAAUGAAACUACACUGGUUGGGUUUGGUAUAUGGUGAAUGCAUGAGAACCACAAGUGAAUGGGAGACACAUGGGCACAUAGGAGCUAUUCUUGUGCCAAGCUUAUUCACAUGUACACAAUCAUACUUGUUAAUCUAAACAGAAUUUGUAGUCUUUUUAUCACUUAUAAAAUCUGGUAAUAACUUGAAUAUCUGGGUCAUUUUUAUUUAAAUAAACAGUAAUUUAUUAUAUACUUGAAAGUAUGUAUUGCAGAAAAUGAUUUUGGAUUUCUACAAAGCACAUAAAAUUCGAUUUACCAUCAAGCCUUAUUUUUCAAGCAGACCUUUGGAGUCAUAGCUUUUCCAAGAUACCAAUUUUCAAAGGGACAUAAACCAAAAUGUGAUGUGGUUCAUGAGCCUUAGUGUAAAUUUCUUAAGGAAAUAAUGUUUUUAAAAUCAGAAAUUUCAUCAGAAUCAAACUUAAGAUCAUUUAAAGACAAGUAAAACAAGUAAAAUACUCUCUUAACCUAAACCAAACCUUCAACACAGAAUACAUUUGGGGUAUAUAUUUUGCAGCAAUGGCUGUGCUCAAAAGUAAACUUUGUAGUGAGAGUUUAGUAUGACUCAAUCCCAGCUACACUCUCCACUAACCAAGUUAAAUGUCCAAGAGGAGAAACAGCCAUGACAUUCCAACUAAGACCAGAGCCCCAAAUCUCCCUGUAUGACACCUUCCGUACUGUCUCUUUACCCUCUUAGACUGGUGAUUAUAAUCCCCAGGUUCUGAGUUCGGGUAUAAUUCUUUUUAUGGAGAAAUCAACAUGGUGAAGAUUUUUGAGAGAGAGAAAAGAAAGAAUAUGGGAGUGAAAUUUUAAUUAGAAAGCAAGAAUCUGAAUUCAAACCCACCCCACAGUUUCCUUACCUGUAAAAUGAAGGCUCCUGCUUGAGUCUGUGACUAUCAAAAGCAGUGGUAUGAAAAUGCCAUAUUUUGAUGCAUUUUUUUGUUACUUGCCCAGGCAGAGAAAGGAUAAUUAACAGUAGGUGGCAUAAAUAUUUUGAAAGCAGUAUAAUAUACCUUAUUAAAGACCAGGUCCCUUCCCCCAGGUAUAAACAGAAUGGACCUGAAAACAAUCACUGGUUAGCUAGAAUGAGCAUUUAAUAAUAUUUAAGGAAUCUCAUGAAGGUAACAAAGGUUUCUUUCAUGUAUCUACUUAAAUUAUGAUAAAAACAUGAAUGAAUCUAAAUGGAGGGGAAUAUUUUAGAGAAAUGGUAAGUCCCUGCAGAUAAGUGUCAAGGUUGAUUCUGGGGCUUAAUUAUCACAUUUAGCCUUGAGCUGUUGGAUGUAUCAGAAAUGUUAAAAGCCUCCUCUCAGCAUUUCUGAAAGUCUAAGAAAUCAAUGUUGUGUUUUGCUCCAGAAUAGAAUUUUAUUUGUAAUGUUUUUUAAAAUGUUGUAAGAAGUUACCUCUACCUUUAGAGAGUAAAAAUAACUGAUACCGGGCUGGAAAUAUAUUUUCCUGGGGAAUCCAGAAAAAAUGAGCACAGUAUAUUGUCUCAUUGCAACAGGGCUAGCUGCUAAUUGAGAAGUUUGGUUUUUAUUCUGCAGGGACAAUAUAGUUAUCUAUUUUAUGACCAAUCCUUUAUAUCUUCCUCAUGACUUUUAAAAAUCAUUUUCUGCCCACCUCCCACCUAAAAGAGCCAAAACAAACAAAACACACAUACCCUCACAAUAACUAAGAAGUUUAGGGAAAGAGUUAAACUUCAUUAGAGACUUUACAUUAUAUCACUAAUAAGCAGAUACUCUAUUGCUCACAAAACAUUUUAUCCUACUUUAGCAUAUGAACUACUCCGUAGCUUUUAUCAGAUGUUUCACAGCUAAUUUUAUGUUUUCUCAGUGACCUUCUGCACUGUAAUUAAAGACUUGCACAAAUUGUCUAGCACAAUAAAGUUUAUUGGGUAGAGCCAA